GUUGGGUGCGAGGCUGGGGGCGCGGAACGCGAGCUCCUGGGCCUGGGGCGUGGCGGGCGGGAGAACGCCGCCCGAAGACGCGCUCCGCACGUGGUGGGUCGGAUCCCUGGCAGCGGGAAACACGGUGCAAGGGACUCGCGCGUGUGUCAGAGACGCUAUUCAAGGUACAAGAGCAACUGUCCCACGGCCCAGGGGAGAUGCGAAGGUUGAGAGGAGAGCGCCCUGGUUUAACUAGGAGAGCUGGGAUGAGCUAUACCUCUACAAGGACCCCACAAAAAGAGGAAACUAGCUUACCUUGCAAAGAAGGAAUUUAACCCCUCCCCCCCACAGGCUUCCCCCUUCCCGAUGGCUACAGAACUUCAAAAACCCCGCCCAAGGAAAGUGCCUGAGCUGCCAAUCUUGGAGAGAAGGAACUGGCUGAUACACCUGCAUUAUAUCCGCAAAGAUUAUGAUGCGUGUAAGAUUGCUAUCAAAGAACAACUCCAGGAGACCCAGGGAAUGUGUGAAUAUGCAGUCUAUGUUCAAGCUUUGCUAUUUCGCUUAGAAGGGAAGAUUCAAGAAUCUCUCGAACUUUUUCAGACCUGUUCCAUUCUGAACCCUCUGAGUGCUGACAAUCUCAAGCAGGUGGCGCGGUCUCUGUUUCUGUUGGGGAAGCACAAAGCAGCUAUUGAAGUGUACAAUGAAGCAGCUAAACUCAACCAGAAGGAUUGGGAGAUCUGCCACAACCUGGGCGUGUGCUCCAUGUACCUGAAGCAUUUCAACAAGGCGAAAGACCAGCUGAACAAUGCCUUGCAGCUCCACAGACAUGAUCUGACAUACGCGAUGUUGGGAAAAAUUCACCUGCUGGAAGGGGACACCGACAAAGCCAUAGAAGUCUAUAAGAAAGCAGUGGAGUUUUCUCCAGAAAACACAGAGCUCCUUACCACUCUGGGUUUACUCUAUUUGCAGCUUGGGGCUUAUCAGAAGGCAUUUGAACAUCUUGGAAAUGCACUUACAUAUGAUCCCAGCAAUUAUAAGGCCAUUUUGGCAGCUGGCAGCAUGAUGCAGACUCACGGAGAUUUUGAUGUAGCCCUCACCAAGUACCGGGUAGUAGCCCACACUAUGCCCGAAAGCCCCCCCUUAUGGAACAACAUUGGAAUGUGCUUCUUCGGCAAGAAGAAAUACGUGGCAGCUAUCAGUUGCCUGAAGCGAGCCAACUACUUGGCUCCCUUUGACUGGAAGAUUCUGUACAAUUUGGGACUAGUCCACCUGACAAUGCAGCAGUACGCCUCUGCUUUUCACUUUCUCAGCGCUGCUGUCAACUUCCAGCCCCGCAUGGGAGAGCUCUACAUGCUGCUGGCAGUUGCUCUGACAAACCUCGAGGAUGUUGAGAAUGCAAAACGGUCCUAUGAGCAAGCUGUAGCACUGGACAAGUGCAAUCCCCUGGUCACUCUGAACUACGCAGUGCUGCUGUACAACCAGGGCGAUCAGAAGGGCGCGCUGGGCCAGUACCACGAGAUGGAGAAGAGAGUCAACACCCUCAAGGAGAGCAGCACUCUCGACUUUGACCCUGAGAUGGUGGACAUGGCCCAGAAGGUGGGAGCGGCCCUGCAGGUGGGAGAGAGUCUGGUUUGGACUAAACCCGUCAAAGAUUCCAAAUUAAAGCAGCGAGCCACUGCACCUAGCAAGCCCUCCAGCACCCAGCAGCCUCUGGGCUCUAACCAAGCCCUGGGCCAGGCCAUGUCUUCAGCAGCUGGGUAUGGGAAGACUCUGCAGCUUUCCACAGGUGCUGGAGCAUCGGCUCCCCUUACAAAGCCUCCGUCGCUGCCUCUGGAACCGGAGCCAGGCCCUGAAGAGACCACAUCCCCUACAGAGUCCCAAGAGCGGAGGAGAGAGAAGCGCAAAAGCAGGCUGGCCACGGAGUAGAAGAGCAGCCCAGGAGCCGCCCCAGCAUGGCCUGCAGUGACUGCACUAUUGCUGCUGGCUGCCCAGGGACAUGAGCACCUGGCCUCAGGGAGUCUUUGCUCCACGGCCCCCAGCAGAGGUUCUGGUGAGCUACCCACGAGAGCUGCUGCAGGAGGGAACCACGGUCUAGGCCCUGCCUCCCUGUCGCAUUGCUUGCACGGCUGAGAUGGGUGUGAGCAGCGCUUGAAGCAGCUCUCCACUUAGGCUCCCUUGCUAGAGGCACUAAGUGGCUCAGAGGAAGCUCUGCCAGCCCCUGUAGGGAGCUCAGUGGAGGGGGUGCUAGAACAGUAGCAGGACAGGCGAGUGGAAGCCAGAUCAGCCCGAGGAGGGAAACAGCCCUGCCCGCAGGCCGGGUGGAGGGGCAGCAGUUCAGGCUGUGCUCACGGGGGCAGUGAGAGGCUGUCGUGCAGUGCUCCAAAGACCAGUGCGCCCGUUGCCUGCUUACCGAGGCCCAGCCUCUCGGUGUCCAAAAACCUGGGGAAAGCGUUUCCAGCUCUUUCCUCAGGCAGCUAAGCUGGGAGCGGCUUUGCCUCCCUGCACACCAAGCUCCAGGCCUGUUCGCAGGGCGGUGUGCUGCGAGGGAGCGAGGUCUCAGCCAGUGGCAAAGGAAGGGAGAUGGGAUUUGCAUCUCUUUCAAGCUUAGCCUGCUGCUGGUUUUGCUCCAGGGCGCUCUGGCUGGCAGAGCAGAGUUACUUCAGUACCCCACUAACCGCUGCCUCAGGCUGGGUUCAUCAUGUGGAGCUACUUGCCCCCUGCUCUCUGGGAAGUUUCUAGCACCUCUAACAGGCGGACAGCUGUGUGUGUUCUGGUGUGGCAGGCCAGACCCACUUCCAUUCCCACAGUCACUGUGAGAAGGGACAGGCUGACACAGCCAACCAGAGUCAGGAAAAGUUUCUGCUUUAAUUUCUGCCUUUCCCAGCAUCCCUGCAGAAGCUGCAGCUGUCCCCUUUGGAGAGCUUACACCGGUGGAGAGUUCUCUUUUUGAACCGUGGAUGCCUGGCUGCAGGCAGGAGGAUCUGCUGGAACAGAAUUAUCCCAUUUCCUUGGUCUGUUCCAACUCUUCCAAAUUCGAUUGCAGCCCACAAAGGAGAACUGGCACCAUGUCCAUUCAGCCCCAUGCGUGCUGGGCAGGGAAAGGUCUACCCCCUCCCCCAAGCUUCUGUGCAUUGGGGCUGCCUUGUCCUCCAGCUGUGAUGAGGCAGGGACUAUAGGAAGGGCUUGUGGGACUGAGACAGUAGCAUAGUUGGCCUGAGCCAGACUUGCUAGGACAACGUGGCUGAGGAGGAGCACUAGGCGGAGAUGCUCUACCAAGCUCCACCUGCUCCCUGCCCCAGAAAGAUGAGACCAGGCCCAGGCUUGGCCUUUUACAGCUUGCUGCUAGUUACACCAAUGAGGUCACUUGCAGUCCGCUGUUGCUAAGAGAAUUCUCACCUUUGGAACAGUGGAGCUGCUGGCAGACUUUACCCCAGCCUGGCCCCGGAAAUUCCUCCCCAGCAGCUGUAGCCACACUAAGCACCUCAACAGAAAGGACCUCAGUUAUACACUGAGACUAGUUUAACAGUUAAGCCAGUUUCUCUCCCCUUUACCCACUGUUUGUAUCUUCUAGCUGCCCUGCCCUGCGUGCCACAGCAGCCAGGAGAGCUGCUCUUUCAGCACACAGCGGAUCCACUGCCAAACUGUCAGGAUGGGGAUCGGUGUAGUCCUCGACUUCCUCGCCCCCAGUGAGUGCGAUCACUGCAAUGCCCUUCACACAACCCCCCUUAGCACGCUUACUGAUGGUGGAUGAGCCUACUGUGUGUUCCGUGGGUUUCCUGCAGCUGCUAGUGCUGCUGGCCUGUCAGCUGUCUGAGGGCUGAGUGCCUAACCUACCUGUCAUUUACCAGUCCUAACUGUAGCUGUAUUAGGGAACAACUGUAUUAGUGUGGCAUCAGUGCUGUUCUGCAUAGCUGACAGUAACGAAUCCGACUGCACUAGAGGACAGUUAAUGUUCCCAGAGUCAAACCUAGUCACUGAAUGCCUGGUGCAGCUGAGGCAAGGGUCCAGCAGUGGGACUGGAAAGCCCCGUUGUACUUUCUGAUUAGCAAUUGUGCAAAAUGACGUGAAUGCAGCUCUAAGGUUAUUAAAGUGCAAUCAGGAACCAAAGUUAAUGUACUGGGGAGGAGGGGUUAGCUGACAAGAUCUGGAUCUAUUAAACACACUAAUGGAACAGCUACAGAUUCUUUUUUUUCCUAACUGAAUUGCCCUGUUUAAACCAGUUUUCACUUCCUCACAAGGUAACUGGUUUGGCAGUUCCGUUGUAUUACAGCCACUGCUCGCUGCAUCCCCCUGGAUUGAGGGCCCUGGGCUAGAUACGCUACAAAGCAGAGUUUCUUCCCUGGAGAGCUUAGACAAGAGCAACGGUAGGUGGAAUGGGAAGCGACUUACUAGACACAUCAGUUUGAUGUAGAUACUUUGUUAGUUGACGUUUUAUUCUGAAAUAGUCCUGCUGCAGGGCACUGCCAUUUCAUGGGGUGCAGGAGGAUUGAUUUUUCUGGGCAAGGAGCACUCUUUGCUUCUAAAGUAGAGAGACUUUAAUAAACAGUUUGCUUCAGCAUUAGCAGUAGAUUUAUUAACUAAGUGAGCCUACCAAAGUUGCUUUAACCCCUCUUGGCAAGGUGCUGCUUUGUACCCGUCAGACUAGAGAGGAGGCAGCCACUCGUGUUUGAGCCCAAAGUAGGCAACAAGCCCAUGGGAGGGUGAGCUGCUGGAACAGGAAGACUGUGGCUUCUUCCCCCUUCCCUAAAUACUGGUUAUCCUAGUAAUGACCUCUUUGCACUGAUAAUCUUGCCCGGAAGCAUGCCUGUGGAAGUGGGGGAGGGGCAGGACUGGGAGGGCUGCGUCUAGCAGGUUAUGAAAUAUGCUGGCUGCACUUUAUUGAUUGCAGCAGCUGAGGCCCUGCUGACAGCUUCACAAUGAGGUGUGGCUCUUGAGGCACCACAAUGUUUGAUCUGCAGACCUAAAGAGAUACAAACUACUCACCCUGUCCCCAGAAACACGCCUCUUCUAGGCUCCUAAGUGCCCAACACCCCUCCCUCCUGACAAAGUCUGACAUCCCACCAUUCCCUGCGAUCAGCCUUCCUCUAUUGUGGCAAAAAGUUUCCUUAAACAGCCUUGUCCACUCAGCCAAGGAAGCAAGGUGAGGUGGGCUGCAUAGUGCUUGAAGCAACAAAGUUUGGCUGAAAGAAAAGUUUAAUGCAUAAAACAGUUUUGGGUGCUGGGCUGGAGUGCACUGGCCUCCUUUCCCCAUCACUCCUUAAAGCAUUCUGUGAGGGAUACGCAACAGGACUCCUGAUCAACAACAUAGAUAAAACUAGUGAUUUCCCCCCCUACAGGCUCAGGAUAUGAUCUUUAUACCACCAUCCAUUCCUUACCGUGUUUCUCACUUUAACAAUGUUCCCACUACCCUUCUCUCUCUGUACGUAUUUAGGCUUGGAAAGGAUUGGUGUCUGUCUUACUCAUACGCAUCAGUAAACUCUGAUUUCACUGUGCACACACAAACCCAUGCAAAAAUAGUUCCAGCUCUCAUCUAAAUUUAGAUGGCCCAUGGAAGAGCAGUGCUGCUUGAGAAUUUCUUAGACUUCCACCUUGAUUUGUAUAAAACAUGUUGCAUUGCUCACAUUAGUGCCAUUUAGGAACUAACUUUUUGAAUCUCAAGAGUAACAUUGUCAUUAAAUUAGUCUCACCCCCCAAUAAUUUCCCACAAUGAAAAUUUAAAUUGAUAAUCUAAAAAAGCUUUAAAUUAAAAUCAGUCUCACAAAACAGUCAAGUUCUGCCAAGCCCCUGGGCUGUGUCUACACUGGGCCACUUAUUCUGGAAAAUCAGCCGCUUUUCCGGAAUAAGCUGCAAGCUGUGUACACUGGCCCU